AUGUCUGUCAAGUUUCCAGUCACGAACCUAGACCUCCCCGCAGCCUGGGACGCCAAACCAUCCGUCACCCACUCGGAGAUUCGAACCGAGCAAGAACAGCCCCUACAAGAACAAGGACACCGACUGUUCCAAGCGUUGAUCGCCAGCCUUGACAUCCUCCUCCCCCCGCAACGCCGCCAAGCCAUUUCGGCCUUUAUAAUAACGCAUCCGCUGCUUGUUUCUGCGGUGGCGGUCCAGGUGCUUUUCGCGUGUAUCCCCCUCGCUUUCUUCGCGGCGGGGAUCUUCAUCGCGGCCUCGGCGGCGGGGAUUCUCUCUGCCUUCUUCGGACUGGUGCUAUUACUUCCUUGUCUGUGCGUGACGGCUUGUCUUGCAUUGAUGGUUUGGGGGGGGAUAUGGAUGGGUUAUAUUUCCUUGAAAUGGAUUCAGAAAUACAGUAAUACGAAAAUAUCGAAUUGA